GAGUAGAAGGAUAAAAUUAGCUCCAAUGCCAUGAGGAAAAAAUUUCCAUGCUUCAAUACCACCCUUUUCCUUUUUGUUAAUAACUACUUUUAUUGUACUUGUUGGAGCUGAUGCUGGUGGUAAACGUUACCCAUUGACAGGACUGGACUAGUAAUCUGGAGGAGGAUGAUAUGAAGUCUGGCAGGCUCGGCGAGAUCACUACUGCUAUUUGCCGUGAUGAUUCUUGGAGCUUGAUCUCGUGUCUGAGACGGAGCAAUGCCUCUUAUCCCGAAGACGAAAUCUUGGAGAGUAUAUGUUUAUAUGACGCUGUGAACUGUGCCGCUUCAUUGCUGCGAAGGAAGUUGAACUCGGACCCAGCAUUAGUUUUAAACAGGCCAAUGCCGGGUGCAGGGCCAUUUUCCCCCCUGCAUUAUGCAGCUGAUUUUGCAUGUCCUCGAGUGGUUGAGUUAUUCCUUAGCCAUGGAGCUCGAACUGAUAUCCGAUUACAUGAUCCACUACAUGCACGUGGUCGCAACGGGUUGCUCCCACUCGAGAUAGCGCUCGAUGUUGCUAGAGACCACUUGUUGGAGCGGACUGUAUACUCUCCGGGACAAUCUACCUUUCGGUUGAUACUAUCCCUCUGUCUUCCCGAAAUGAAAAGUGCUUUGAAGGCUUGUAAGUUGCUUGCAUGGUCCUCCGAGAACGUUGAAAAGGAAGCUUACUAUUAUGCCAUAGAAGGAAAGCUCACCGAGUUUGCUAUCUUACUAAUGGUGGCUCGCGAAAAGGUGUUAGUUCCUAUCACAUUUUCGUAUCAAGAUGGGGAUGAUUGGGAUGGAAUUAUGACGCUCCAACAAUGCCUUCAAAAAAAACUUGUGUCAAUAUCUGAUAAGUGGUUAAAAUCACCGGGAACACUUGGGAGAAAGAAGACGACAUGGAUUCUUAAGAGUAACGCGGUUUUGAGGUCAGCUGCACUAGUGCUGGAAGUUGUUGAGAGGGCCGGCAAUUCUCUUGAGGACUAUCUUAAGUUUGAACAACACGGUGCAUCGAAAGAGCAAGUGGAGAGGGAUGUUGCUUCGAGGCUUGUGAAAGCUGGAUUUACAUUGGAGGCAAGAGACUUCGAAGUUAGCAUCAGAAACGGGAUGAAUUCUUGUGAUCCCGCAAGUAGCCAUACCAAGAACCAAGGGACUCCGUCGGAGAAUCGGUCUCAACCGUCGCAUCCUCCCUUCUCCUGGCAGCAGCAAAGGAAUUUUCACCCAAGGAACGGAAUCAUCUCUGGAGACGGGUAUUGGUCUUCGCGGUCGACUUAUCCUUUACGAAGAGCCCAUAGUUUACUCUCCAUGAAGAAGUCAAUCAACAGGAGUCACAUCCCAAGAUCCACAUCCACCUGUGGUUGUCAGUACUCGACAUGUUUGGAUGUUCAAGCAAACAGGCAAACGAAAACGAUGGAGCAGGGUUUUCCCCAAUAUCUUCCAAGUGAGAAGCUUGCAUGCAUUUCGACGUUGAUGAAGAGGGGGAUAAGAAGUGCUCGAUUCUUAUUGUAGGUACCGUCUUUCGAGGCGUCGCUUAAUACUUUUGGUACGGCUUAUUGUUCUUUUAUUUUUUGUAUGGAAAAUAACUUUCGCCGCGUUUGUUGGAGUUUUUCUCCUGUUUGUUUUUAUUUGUUGCGGAGUU